AUGGAUCACACAGAGGUGCUGAAGCCACAGACACUGGAGGAGCUGAUCCGGAUCCUACACCAGAUCUUUUCCAGUGAUAAAGUGAACAUAGAGGAAGUUCAGAAUAUAGUGGAGUCCUAUGAGAGCAAUCCGCUAGAAUGGAUGAAGUAUGCCAAGUUUGACCCAUACAGGUACACUCGUAAUCUGGUAGAUGAAGGGAAUGGAAAGUUUAAUCUCAUGAUUCUCUGCUGGGGUGAAGGACAUGGCAGCAGUAUACAUGACCACACCAACUCGCACUGCUUCUUGAAGAUUCUCCAAGGCAACCUGAAAGAGACACAGUAUGAAUGGCCGCAGAAAAAAUCAAAUGGCGCAAUGAUAAAAACAUCUGAGGGGGUGCUGAAGUUAAAUCAGUGUGCAUACAUCAAUGAUUCCAUUGGCCUUCACCGAGUGGAGAACCCAAGCCACACAGAGCCAGCUGUGAGCCUCCACUUGUAUAGCCCUCCAUUUGACCACUGUCAAACUUUUGACCAACGAACAGGGCACAAAAACACAGUGAAAAUGACCUUUUGGAGCAAAUAUGGAGAACACGCUUCAGUGGUAAGUGUAAAUGUAGGGAUGUGGAGUAUGGGGGGGAGGGGGAAUGGUUAG